AAACACUGUUGUUUUCUCUAUCAUCAUCUCUCUCUCUCUCUAUAACUCUUUGUGAAAAAUUAGGCUCCCUCUCUUACUCACUCUCUCUCAAUCUCUCUCUCUCUCUCUCUCUCUCUCUCUCUCUCUAAAUCACCGCCGACAUCGUAACGGCUCGCCGUGGAUUUCGGCGGUGCCGAUUUGUUCCGAACACUCCGGCGAUCUUCUGAAACCGCCUCGGCCCCCUCUCUCUCUCUCUUAACUGCCUCGGAUUGACGACUCUCAUUUCGGUUAUUAUACGGUUGCUUUGAUUUCUUCAUUUUCAUUGAAAAUAACCACAUAGGUAUACAAAAUGAUAGGAUCCUUUCUCACCCGGGGACUCGUAAUGGUUUUUGGCUAUGCUUAUCCAGCUUAUGAGUGCUACAAAACCGUUGAAAAGAAUAGGCCCGAGAUUGAGCAUCUUCGCUUUUGGUGCCAGUACUGGAUUUUGGUGGCUGUUUUGACAGUUUGUGAGAGAGUUGGGGAUGCUUUUAUUUCAUGGGUUCCAAUGUAUAGUGAAGCUAAGCUGGCAUUCUUUAUAUACUUGUGGUAUCCUAAAACAAAGGGAACAACAUAUGUGUACGAUUCCUUCUUUAGGCCAUACGUCUCAAAGCAUGAGAACGAGAUAGAUCGGAACUUGUUGGAACUGAGGACCAGGGCUGGAGAUAUGGCAAUUUUGUAUUGGCAAAGAGCUGCAAGUUAUGGUCAGACAAGAAUAUAUGAGAUUUUGCAGUUUGUUGCUGCACAAUCAACACCACGGACUCGCCCUCCCCAGCCUCAACAACAACAACAACAACAACCAAAUGGUAGGGUUCGUCCACCUCCUAAGCGCCAACCAGCUAAAGCACAGCCGGAAACUGAAGAGCCACCAUCUCCCACUUCCAGUACAUCUUCUAGUCAACACCAAAAGGAGGUAGCGGAAGAGGUUGGUCCUUCACAAGUGCCUAAAGCAGCUCCCCCUGCAGCAGACCCCCCUGCAGUAGCUGCAAAUACUCAAAAAGCAACUGCUCCUUCUGAAACAACCAGCCAGACCACACCAACUGAAGAUCAACCAAUGCAAAUUGAAGCAACACCACCUUCUUCAGCUGAGGAGAACACAAAUCCUCCUCCACCAGAGCCAGUAAUGGAAGAAUCUAUUCGGGUCACACGUGCCAAAUUGAGGAAAACCCGUUCUGCAGGAACUCGUUAGGCAAUGGAAGAUGGCUGUUUUCCAAUUUAAAAUCUUGCAAAACUAGCAUUUCAUCUUGGUGAACAACGGUGUUAUUGAACGGUGAUCCAGACAUUGAUGUAAAUUUGUUGUUUUCUAGCUUCUAUUCCAUUUGUUGCUUUAUUUUUUAAAA